UGUCAUGUGACCGUUUCAUAAUAUAGUUCCCAAUAGCCGUGACGUCACGGCGCUCUGCGCUUUCUAGUUGGCUGCCUCGUCUUCACUAGGGAGGAAGGGGGCGGGGCUAAGCUGUGGGCAAGAUGGCGGCUCGCAGGGCUCACGAGCUGGGCGCUAGGACAUGGCGACUGGCCGGGCAGCUGAGGGGUGGCAUGACUGGGCUCCGGGUGCCCAUAGCCGCCGGGUUGGCCCCUAUAGGCUCCGUAGCGUUCAGUGCCAGUUUUAGCCGGCUUCCUCACUCACUGAGCCGAGUGAAGGCGCGGAGUGUGCCCUUGGCUGCACAGCAGAGCUGGUACAGGAGUGGAUGGAGGGGGCAGGAGGCAGGGAGCGGGGGCAGGAGGGUGUGGGGCCUGGUGUUCGCCUUUGGUGGGGCUUAUGGGGUGUAUGAGACCCUAAAGUAUUCCCUGGGGGAGCAGCAGGCGGAGGAGUUGAAGGUCUCAGAAGGAGGUCUCCAGCUGACCCUUUACCAGUACAAGACUUGCCCAUUCUGCAGUAAGGUUCGCACCUUCCUGGAUUAUCACCAGCUGCCCUAUCAGAUCGUGGAGGUGAAUCCGGUCCUGCGGAAAGAAAUUAAAUUCUCCAGCUACAGAAAAGUCCCCAUUCUUAUAGCCAAUGCCGAUUCCCAUUUGCAAAUGAACGACUCCUCUGUGAUCAUCAGCGCCGUGAAAACUUUCCUCGUGUCCAGAAAGAAAAACCUGGAGGAGGUUGUAUCGUACUAUCCGGCUAUAACGGUGACGAACGACAAAGGGAAGGAGUCGGUGGAGUACCAGAACAAAUACUGGCUGAUGCUGGACGAACAGGAGACGAAGCGGCUCUACGAGUCUAAAGAGUCACAGAAGGAGGAAAUGAAGUGGCGUCGGUGGGCAGAUGACUGGCUGGUCCACCUCAUCUCUCCUAAUGUUUACCGCACACCCGGGGAGGCACUGGCAUCAUUCGACUACAUUGUUCGUGAAGGGAACUUUGGCUCUGUGGAAGGCUUCUUCGCCAAAUACGUGGGGGCGACUGCCAUGUUUUUCAUUGGCAAGAGACUAAAAAUCAGGCACAACCUUCAAGAUGAUGUCCGCCAGGAUCUGUACGAGGCGGCCAAUACCUGGGUGGCAGCUGUGGGGAAGAAUAGGAAGUUCCUUGGGGGCGCACAACCAAAUCUGGCAGAUCUGGCCGUUUACGGGGUCCUGAGAGUUAUGGAAGAUCUACAGUCUUUUGAUGAUAUGAUGGCGAACUCCAAGAUCAAGCCCUGGUACCAGCGGAUGACCAAAGCCAUUGAAGAACACCCAAACGCACAAUGAACCCACAAUGAGGACGUUGUAAGGGACAAUUCCUGUCCUUCAAAGGGCUUCACAUUAUUCAUCAGAGCCAAAACGUUUAUUUUACGAUACCUGUGUGAACAGCAUCCAAAAAAUGUCACCACUCACUUAAAUUGUGAUCGCAGAUAAUGAAGCGUAUAUAGAUAGUCUCACGGAAAUGUGAGGGUUUUGCCUAAUAAAAGGCAUAUUUAGGUACCCCCCCCCCCCCCAUAUUGUGAUUGGAAGGCUCAGAUGUGUAACAUUGUCAGGAUUGGUAACAAUGGAAACGGUUAUGGACGGCCUUACUUCAUAUUACUUAUGUUUGUUUUUUUGUUUUUUAAGUAGCCAAAAUAAUGGACUUUAAAGUAAGACAAGUCAAAAUGUUUUGCCCCCUAUACCUACAGAAUAGAAGCAUUAUACCAGUGUCCCAACCAGUGUACAGUGUUUUCUAACCAGUGUGCCUCCAGCUGUUGCAAAACUACAACUCCCAGAAUGUUUUUUUUUUUUUUUAGAACAUAAGUUUUUGAAAAUUGUGUCC